GCAAAGGAAGAAUGUUUAUUCAAUUCGGUAAUGUAUGACAUCCUUAAUCUAAUAGUACUUGUCUGUUCACGCGUGUGUACCACCACACGCCGACAUGCUGUUGAAAGCUAUUAUUGCAGUCGUCUUAGUGACUGGUACGUUGUCGGAUACUGUGAAGGUAUCAAUAUAUUAUGAAGCUCUUUGUGGAGACAGUAUUCGGUUUAUAGCUCAACAGCUUCAUCCGAACUUUCCAAAGCUUGCGGAUUACAUAGACCUAGAUUUGGUACCCUAUGGAAAAGCAGUACACUCCAACAUACAUGGAACAUACUACUUCUCCUGUCAGCAUGGCCCUGCCGAAUGUAAAGGAAAUGUUUAUCAAUCGUGUGCUUUAUCACAAAAUCAAGGGGACAGAAAAAACGUAGAAUUCGUUAACUGUAUUAUGAGAAGAAAUCCGGAUCAUUUUGUGAAUGUUGAGAAGUGUGCUAGAAAACAUGAAUUCAACAUCGGCAAAAUCAGAAACUGCUCCAGGGGUGUCGAAGGAAGCGAGCUUCUUGCACAAAAUGGUGAAAAAACCUUGCAACUGGAACCAGUUCUAUCAUUCGUACCAACUAUAAUAUACAACGACGUGUACAGCAAUCAAGACCACAUGCAGUCCUUAAAAGACUUUGCUGCCGUAGUAUGUUCGAAAAUAGAAGGAGAUAAGCCAGAGAUAUGUGCCAAUAAACGAUUGCCUAGGACUAGUUGGGGAUUCUUUGAAAUAUUUUGACUCAAAUGAAUAUUUUAUUUCAUAUAUUGUAGAGUAUAGUUUACAGAAUAAAGGAACCUCUGGUUGCUUCUUUUUAUGAUACUUUGCUCACAUUUCCUGAACAUUCAUCUCAAGUACCCAUACCUUAGUCGAGUUAGAAUAUAUAGUUUCCAAAAAGAUCCGCUGCAUAUUUUUUGAACGAAUCAAAUUAUUAAGAUGAAAUUCGAUGGAUGAACACUAUAUUUUGACGCUUUUGAAAAUUUGAUGGCACCAAGCCCCAAUCUUGAAGGCUUUCUUAUAUGGUAUGGGGGUCAUGAGAUAUCUCUUUUUAAAUCUCAUGGAUACCUCAUUACCUCAGCAUAUACACCUAUAAGCCAGUUAGAUCACUCUCACAUAUCUUGGAACAUAAAGCACCGAUAUAAUCAGAGCUGUUGAUGCCUUCCAUUCAGCCAGACACAGCGGUACAGUGCUGUUAGCUGCGUUAACCUGUGCAUUGUCCACCAUUUGAGUCCUUGGGUAUAGUUUGGAUCAAACAGAUUCUAUUUGUGAAUGAAUUCUUCAAGUCAGAACAAGUAUUUGCAGUAACUUCACCAAAAAAAACUCCAGAGUCUUCUAUUCCUAUAGAGAUUAUUACAGCUACUAAUCUGCCAAAAAAGUAAAAUUUGAGAACAAGGAGUAUUAGCAUAUGUUUGGCUACAGCGCCAUCUCUGUGAGACUAACCUUUUCAAGGUAGAAACUUGUACACUUCGUCGACUACUUCAUAUAACCUAGGCAGCUCAAAUAACAAUACAUGUUAAGGAUGUUUGGUACAGAAAGAUAUCUGCUAGGGACUGUAAAACAACGUAACGUUUUUACUUGGGUCUCGAUACCCGAUAACUCUAAAUUGAUUUAACAAGGGAAAAUAGACUUGAGGUGUGGUCCUGGCAGAAAACAAUAUUUGUG